CUUUAUAUAGAUAACGCGUCUUCUCCAGCCUACCAUUGUCCCUCUCUCUAUCCCUCCCUCUCUCUUUCUCACUCUGAAGAACAAUGCCGACAACAGCAACCUUCAAGCUUGCUCAAUGGGUAUUUGCAAUGGCCGCCAUCAGUUUACUGAUCAUACAAGUGGCUGGAUCCAGGUGCGAAAACAACGGUCCUUCAGUUCGCCAGGUCCAAGUGGGUUUUGGGAAGCUGCCGCAGUUCAUGGUGGAAAUAAAGAACAACUGCCCGAUGUGUCCUGUUACAGAAAUUCAUGUCAGGUGUGCGAACCUGUCGCAGAAUCUCGUCGAUCCCAGAAUGUUGAAGGUCCUUCGUUUUGAUGAUUGCGUCGUCAACGGAGGGUUGCCUCUAGCACCGAUGCAGAAGCUGUCUUUCAAUUACACCCACCAGAAGUUCCAGCUUAUGCCCAAGACAUGGAAUUUCCAAUGUGAGUGAUGUCCCCUUGGUUGAAGCACAAGGCAAAAGUCCAUCAGAAGAUCGGAGCCCCAACCAGACAUAUAUAUCUCUAUAUAUAUAAGCUCUUGGGUAGUCCUCCACAAACUUGCUCCAGUUUUGCUAUUUGUUUUGGCUUCAAACAUGUUGUGGCUAAGAUUGCAAUGUGCACGGAAGUCUUCAGGGAA